CAGGUAAAUCCAAUGGUGAAGGAUUGAAUGAUCGCCCCGAAGGCGUCACAACCAGUAGUAGAAGAAGCAGCAGCAGCAAUAUCCUCAGGGACUCUCCUCCACCCAUCCCGGUCUCAGCCGACGAGCCCACACGGGACUCCGCGACAUCAGCAGCAGCAGCCGGCGCGAAGCCGAAGGAGAGCCAGUCUGAGCAGGAGGGUGCCGCGUACAGACGUGUGGUACCUGGCUCUUGGGAUUCCCCUGUGCCUCCAAACUUAGUGCUGACUCCACCUGAGCUGUGUUGGACUAAAGUGAACAGAAGCCCCGACUCUUCCCGAGAGAAGCGAACGCCGAAUACAUCAUCUUCAACCAUGGUCGUGGAAGACAAGAGGAAGAAGAGUCCCACCAAGGGACAGACGCCACCUCAGAAAAAGCAGGCUGUCAAAGAGGAGAAAUGUAUUUGCCAAAUCUGCACAUGCGGGCGGCAUCGAUGUCCCCACGCGCAGCCCACAUCGCGCAGAUGGCAACACACUCCCUUGACAGACGACACGACUCUAUCCUACACCACAGAGCAAAGUUCAUCCUACAAGGCCUUCUCAACCUCCGCCCACCAGGCCGCCCUCAAGAUGGAAGAAAAGUACUUGCAGUCCACAAGGCAAGGGGGCGAAGGAAGGCUAGAAUAUUCUGAGGUCCGCGACAUCUCCUCGGCCGAACAGAGGAAGACUUCGACGAACGUACAACAGAGCUCCUUCUCCAGCGUGCAGAAGAGCUCGUCCUCGAGCGUCCAAGAGACCUCUUCGUCCGUACAGCAAAGCUCCUCGAGCGUUCAGCAACUGAGUUCCUCGGCAAGCGCGCAACAGCGCAUUUCUUCCGCUCAACACGCGCAGAUAAGCAGUUCUUCCCAGGAGACCAAGGAAGACCUUCAGCGCUUCGCCGAUACCCUGACGAUCAAGGACGACCUGUUCAGUACCCAGGAGAAGCAGCAGCAGCUUCAGGGGAGGCUCACCGCAGGCGGCGCUCACACUUCCACGCAGGAUGCACAGGCAGUGUUGAGGGCCGGGCGAGCCGAAACAGUGCUUCGGACCCAGGAGGAGGGCGGCGGUGGCAUAUCAGAAGCGAAUUCAUCUAGAAGCAUGACCCAUCAUGCCGUAGACUCAAUGGACGCGUCCACCGCCCUACGCAUGUCCUCCUCCUCCUCCAAGUUGUCCUCCUCAUCCAUGAGGGAGGAGUCCUCCAUGGCCAAAUCCUCCUCUUCCUCUUACUCGAGCACCGUGAAGGAGGAGAAAUCGUCGGCAGCGUAUGUCAGCUCGUCGUCAUCGACAUCAGAGGUCCGAAGCUCGAAGAUGUCCAGCUCAGACUCCAAGUCCCAUGUUUCAGAGACUGUCAGCAUCUCUGGCGUUGUCAGCAGCAGCCACGACUCCUCAAGGCAGCAGCAGCAGCAGCAGCUGACGACAGAAGAGCAGAGGAGGAUUGCCCAGAGACAGAGCUUAACGGAAGAGCAGAGGAGGAAUUGCCGAAAGACAGAGCUUAACGGAAGAGCAGAGGAUUGCCGAAAGACAGAGCUUGUCGUCAGAGAGCAAGCGCGUUGCGCACAGCAGCACGUCGGAGAGCGUUCAAGUGCAGCAGAGUUCGUCUGCGUUCAGUCAGAGCACCCAAAGCAUUUCAGAGACCAGCAGUGCCUCUGCCAGCCAUCAACACAUGUCUUCAGCUAUCAGCAGAUGGUAACAGGUAUUCAGGAGUCAUCGUCGGUGAAUCAGCAGAUGUCAUCAAACGUCGAACACGUGUCUUCAAGAAGUCAGCACAUUACAUCAGAGAGCCAACAAAGAGUAUCUUCCACCUCGCAUGUGUCAAAAAGCGAAGAAGUUUCUCAGCAUGUUGGCAUGUCUGCUAUUCAGUCAAGCACAGAAUCGCAGAGAACUGAGGGACUUCAUGUCACAGACAGUAGAGCAGUAAGGAACCGUCAAGAUGUCUCAAGUAUAAGGCUAGGAGGAGAUUACGCUGGAAAAAGCACUCAUAAGACAGAAUACAUGACAGUAUCUGGCCAACCAAUCUCAGCAACAAAACCUGUAGACAGUCUCAGACUUCAGGGCGACCUUCAUUAUCCAGAAAAAACAUCCCCAGGGAAGGGUGAUCGAGCUGCCAUCCGGAAACCCACCGAUACCCUAAGACCAGAAGGUGACUUCACAGCUCCUGAGAAAACAACCCCAGGCAAAGCUGACCGUGCCGACAUUCGGAAACCCACUGAUACCCUAAGACCAGAGGGUGACUUCACAGCCCCUGAAAAAACAACCCCAGGCAAAGGUGACCGUGCCAAUGUUAAAAGACCAUCUGAUAACCUAAGACCAGAGGGAGAAUUUACAGGUCCAGAAAAGGCUGCAGUAGGAGUAGGUGAUCGAGCUAAUGUUAAACGACCGUCCGACAAUUUACGACCUGAGGGCGACUUCACCGCUCCAGAGAAAACGACUCCUGGUAAAGGAGAACGUGCUGAUGUUAGGAGACCUUCCGAUAAUUUAAGACCAGAGGGAGACUUCACUGCCCCAGGCAAAGAAUCACCUGGAAAAGGUGACAGGGCAGCCGUCAAAAAACCACAGGACAACCUAGCCCCGUCUGGCGAUUUCGAAGGUGUCAGCACAAAUAAAAACAGCUACACUGUUGUCCAAGGUGAGAGAGUGGAUAGAAAGCAUCAUCAUGACACUUUAAAAUUAGAUGGUGAAUUUAGCAGCGUUUCAUCCAGCAGAGAAACCUAUCAGAAACACGAAUCUGUUGCACACUCCCAGCGAAUUGUUCAUCAAGACAACAUGAGGAUCGAGGGAGAACUAGCGACAAUGCAAUCCUCUGCCCAUUCGGAAUUCACAGAAAAAACAGGUGACAAACCAAAACUGCAGAGGAAAAAGACUUGGACAAAACUGGAAGGAGAAAUGUACAUGAAUAGAUCAAAUGCAGAAUAUAGUACAUAUGAACAGGCUGAAAGAUCAAAAAUAACUAAACAUGAAGAUAAUCUCAAAAUGGAAGGAAUAUUUGAAGGAAAAGCUAAGGAAACAUCACCGCUGAAAGGGGAACGAGAAAUGUUAAAACGCCAUCCCGACAACCUUAAGAUAGAAGGCACUUUUGAAGGUAGGCCUGUAGAUGAGACACCAUUAGGGGAAAGAGCUCCAAUGAAAAAACACCCUGACAAUCUCCGGCUAGAAGGCGACUUUGAAGGGAAACCCCAGGAUGAUGCCCCAAUCGGCGAAAGGGCUUCAAUUAAGCGAUACCCUGAUAAUUUGAAACUUUCAGGUGACAUUGAAACCAAGCCAACUGAAGGUGUGCCAAUGCCAGAUAGAGAAAUGAUUAAAAGAUACCCUGAUAACUUAAGGAUGGAAGGGGAAUUUACUGGCCGGUCAAGAAGCCGCAGCCCUGUGAAGGGAGAACGUCCAAUGAUCAAACGACACCCUGAUAAUUUAAAAAUGGAAGGCACCUUUGAAGGUAUGGACAGAAGCCGCAGUCCAACAAAGGGUGAGAGAGUAUCCCCAAAGAAGCAUCCAGACAACUUGAAAGUUGAAGGAGAUUUCCUUGGUCGCUCACCCGAGUCACCUCCAAAGGGUGAACGAGCAGCUAUUAAAAAACAUCCUGAUAAUCUGAAAAUUGAAGGAGAUUUUGAACCAAAAGCAAGAGGCAGAAGUCCAGUAAAAGGAGAAAGAGCAAAAACUAAGAAGCAUCCUGACAAUCUAACGCUACAAGGAGACUUUGAAGGUAAACCUCAAGAUCAAACACCUCUUAAAGGAGAGAGGGCUAAGGUUGUGCGAAGAGAAGAUCAGUUACACAUGGAAGGAGAAUUUAAUGUAGAAAGGAAAGAGCAAAUGACAUUCAAAGGGGAAAGAGCUGAAAUCCAGAGGCAUGAAGAUUCUUUGAGACUAGAGGGAAGCUUUACUGGCAAAGAAUAUGAAUACCAGAAAUUCAAAGGUGAAAGAGCUCAAGUAGUAAGACAUGAAGAUAACCUAAAAAUGCAAGGAGAUUUUGAACCACGACCCACUGAAGGAGCACCUGUUGGUGUAAGAGCACCAAUUAAAAAGUACCCAGAUAACAUAAAAUUAUCUGGAGAUUUCACUGGAAAACCACGCGAGGAUGCACCCUAUGGAGAGAGAGCACCUACAAAGAAACACCCUGAUACCCUUCGUAUGACUGGUGACUUCCAAGGUAAAGAGGAAGAAUACAGGACCUUUAAAGGUGAAAGAGCAGAGAUAAUCCAUCAUAGGGAUAAUCUGCAAAUGGAAGGAGAGUUUAUUGGAAAAGAAUAUGAAAAAGUAAUGGUAGGUGACCGAGCAACCAUAAAAAAACAUCCCGACAAUCUUCGAAUGGAAGGUGAAUUCACACCAUCAAAACCUGGAGAGGCUCCCAAGGGGGAAAGAGCUCCAGUAAAACGACACCCUGACAACUUGACCAUGACAGGAGAAUUCGUUGGAAAAGAGGAAGACUAUAGAAUGGUUAAAGGAGAAAGGGCAGAGGUCAUAAGAAGAGAAGAUAAUUUACGAAUGGAAGGAGAGUUUAUUGGCAAAGAGUAUGAACAAAUAACAGUUGGUGAAAGAGCAUCUGUAAAAAGACACCCAGACAAUCUACAAAUGAAUGGGGAAUUUUAUGCUCCCAAACCUGGGGAAGCACCAAAAGGAGAGCGUGCACCAGUUAAGAAACAUCCUGAUAACCUGCAGAUGAAUGGUGAUUUUUAUGCACCGACACCAGGAGAAGCUCCAAGAGGAGAAAGGGCCCCUGUCAAAAAGCAUCCUGAUAAUUUAAAAAUGACAGGAAGCUUCCAGGGGAAAGAAGAAGAAUACAGAAUAGUCAAGGGUGAAAGAGUCAAGGUAGUAAGGAGGGAAGAUAAUCUUCAUAUGGAAGGAGAAUUCAUUGGAAAGGAACAUGAGCAGGUCACAAUUGGAGAAAGAGCAGAGAUCAAGAGACAUGAUGAUAACCUGCGUAUGGUAGGAGAAUUUACUGGAAAACCACGUGAAGAGGCUCCACGUGCUGAACGUGCACCAGUAAAGAAGCACCCAGAUAAUCUCAAAAUGGAUGGGGAAUUUAUUGCCCCAACACAUGAGGAAGCACCUAGGGGUGAACGAGCUGCAGUAAGAAGGCAUCCAGAUAAUUUAAAAAUGAUUGGAGAUUUUGAAGGUAAACCAAGAGACGAUGCUCCCUAUGCUGAAAGGGCUCCAGUCAAGAAACACCCAGAUAAUCUUCGCAUGGAUGGAGACUUCUAUGCCCCAACUCCAGGAGAAGCCCCACGUGGUGAACGGGCUGCUGUUAAAAAACAUCCAGAUAAUUUGAAAAUGAUUGGUGACUUUGAAGGAAAACCACGUGAAGAUGCACCAUAUGGUCAAAGACAGCCAGUAAAGAAACAUCCAGACAAUCUCCGUAUGGAUGGGGACUUCUAUGCCCCAACACCUGGUGAAGCUCCAAGAGGUGAACGAGCGCCAGUAAAGAAGCAUCCAGACAACCUGAGAAUGGGUGGAGACUUUGAAGGGAAGCCUCGUGAAGAUGCCCCGCAGGGGGAAAGAGCCCCUGUUCAAAGGCAUCCCGACAAUCUAAAAAUGGAUGGUGAUUUUUAUGCUCCUACUCCAGGUGAUGCUCCUAAAGGUGAACGAGCUAGAGUCAAAAGGUAUGAAGAUAAUCUCAAAAUGGUUGGGGAAUUCCAAGGAAAAGAAGAAGAAUAUAAAGUAACAAGAGGAGAAAGAGUUGAAGUAAUAAGGAGAGAAGAUAAUCUGCACAUGGAGGGAGAGUUUAUUGGCAAAGAGCAUGAGCAAAUAACUAUUGGUGAAAGAGCUGCUAUUAAAAAACAUCCAGAUAACUUACGUAUGGUAGGAGAUUUCACUGGAAAACCAAAGGAAGAUGCUCCAUAUGCUGAAAGGGCACCUGUUAAGAAACAUCCUGACAAUCUGAAAAUGGAUGGCGACUUCUAUGCUCCUACUCCUGGGGAGGCACCAAGAGGAGAACGUGCCCCUGUUAAAAAACAUCCUGAUAAUUUAAAAAUGGUAGGAGACUUUGAAGGUAAACCUCGAGAAGAUGCACCAUAUGCAGAGAGAGCCCCUGUCCAGAAACAUCCUGACAAUCUAAGGAUGGGUGGAGAUUUCUAUGCCCCUACACCUGGAGAAGCUCCACGAGGAGAAAGGGCUCCAGUAAAGAAACAUCCUGACAAUCUGAAAAUGGUUGGUGACUUUGAAGGAAAGCCUCGUGAAGAUGCACCAUACAGUCAGAGAGAGCCUGCAAAGAAACAUCCUGAUAAUCUAAGAAUGGAUGGAGACUUCUAUGCUCCAACUCCAGGGGAAGCUCCUCGUGGUGAACGAGCUCCAGUAAAGAAACAUGCAGACAACCUAAAAAUGGUAGGUGAAUUCCAUGGUAAAGAGGAAGAAUAUAAAAUUGUAAAAGGUGAAAGAGUGGAAGUGAUAAAGAGAGAAGAUAAUCUUCACAUGGAGGGUGAAUUCAUUGGCAAGGAAUAUGAACAAAUUACUGUUGGUGAAAGAGCAGCAAUUAAAAAACAUCCUGAUAACUUACGACUUUUGGGUGAUUUUGAGGGUAAACCUCGUGAAGAAGCUCCUUAUGCUGAAAGAGCUCCAGUGAAGAAACACCCAGACAAUCUUAAAAUGGAUGGAGAUUUCUAUGCACCUUCUCCAGGGGAAGCACCAAGAGGUGAACGUGCUCUGGUCAAGAAACAUCCUGACAAUCUGAAAAUGGUAGGAGACUUUGAGGGAAAACCCCGUGAAGGUGCCCCAUAUGCCGAAAGAGCUCCUGUUCAAAAGCAUCCUGAUAACCUCAGAAUGGAUGGAGACUUCUAUGCUCCAACCCCAGGAGAAGCACCACGAGGUGAACGAGCACCUGUCAAGAAACAUCCUGAUAACCUUAAAAUGGUUGGUGACUUUGAAGGUAAACCAAGAGAGGAUGCACCUUAUGCUCAACGAGAACCAGUAAAGAGACACCCGGAUAACCUUCGAAUGGAUGGCGAUUUCUAUGCACCAACUCCAGGAGAAGCACCACGGGGUGAACGAGCACCUGUCAAGAAACAUCCUGAUAACCUUAAAAUGGUUGGUGACUUUGAAGGGAAACCUAGAGAAGAUGCACCAUAUGGUCAACGAGAACCAGUAAAGAAACACCCAGAUAACCUUCGAAUGGAUGGCGAUUUCUAUGCACCAACUCCAGGAGAAGCACCACGGGGUGAACGAGCACCUGUCAAGAAACAUCCUGAUAACCUUAAAAUGGUUGGAGACUUUGAAGGGAAACCUAGAGAAAGAAUGACACCAUAUGGUCAACGAGAACCAGUAAAGAAACACCCAGAUAACCUUCGAAUGGAUGGCGAUUUCUAUGCACCAACUCCAGGAGAAGCACCCCCCCCAAACGGGGUGAACGAGCACCCUGUCAAGAAACAUCCUGAUAACCUUAAAAUGGUUGGUGACUUUGAAGGGAAACCUAGAGAAGAUGCACCAUAUGGUCAACGAGAACCAGUAAAGAAACACCCAGAUAACCUUCGAUUGGAUGGCGAUUUCUAUGCCCCAACUCCAGGAGAGGCACCACGAGGUGAACGUGCUCAGGUCAAGAAACAUCCUGACAAUCUGAAAAUGGCAGAGACUCGAGGAAAACGUGAAGUGCCCCAUUGCCGAAAGAGCUCUGUCAAAACCCCGCAUCCUGAUAACCUUAGAAUGGAUGGAGACUUCUAUGCUCCAACCCCAGGAGAAGCACCACGGGGUGAACGCGCACCUGUCAAGAAACAUCCUGAUAACCUUAAAAUGGUUGGAGACUUUGAAGGGAAACCAAGAGAGGAUGCACCUUAUGCUCAACGAGAACCAGGAAAGAAACACCCAGAUAACCUUCGUAUGGAUGGAGAUUUCUAUGCUCCUACUCCAGGGGAAGCUCCAAGAGGCGAACGUGCUCCAGUCAAGAAACAUCCUGACAAUCUGAAAAUGGUAGGAGACUUUGAGGGAAAACCCCGUGAAGGUGCCCCAUAUGCCGAAAGAGCUCCUGUUCAAAAGCAUCCUGAUAAUCUCAAAAUGGAUGGAGACUUCUAUGCUCCAACCCCAGGAGAAGCACCACGGGGUGAGCGUGCACCUGUCAAGAAACAUCCUGAUAACCUUAAAAUGGUUGGAGACUUUGAAGGGAAACCAAGAGAGGAUGCACCUUAUGCUCAACGAGAACCAGGAAAGAAACACCAGGAUAACCUUCGUAUGGAUGGAGAUUUCUAUGCUCCUACACCAGGAGAAGCUCCUAGAGGUGAACGUGCUCCAGUUAAGAAACAUCCUGAUAAUCUAAGAAUGGUAGGAGACUUUGAAGGAAAGCCUCGGGAAGAUGCACCUUAUGCUGAAAGAGCCCCUGUUAAAAAGCAUCCUGAUAAUCUCAAAAUGGAUGGAGACUUUUACGCACCCUCUCCUGGUGAAGCUCCACGUGGUGAACGAGCUCCAGUUAAAAAACAUGUUGAUAACCUGAAAAUGGUUGGUGAAUUCCAAGGAAAAGAAGAGGAAUACAAAAUGGUUCGUGGUGAGAGAGUUGAAAUAAUUAGAAGAGAAGAUAAUCUGCACAUGGAAGGAGAGUUCAUUGGAAAAGAGCAUGAACAGGUUACCAUUGGAGAAAGAGCUACCAUUAAAAAGCAGCAAGACAAUUUGCGUAUGGUAGGAGAUUUUACUGGAAAACCAAAAGAAGAAGCUCCAUAUGCAGAAAGAGCACCUGUUAAGAAACAUCCAGAUAAUCUCCGGAUGGAUGGAGACUUCUAUGCUCCUACUCCAGGAGAGGCUCCAAGAGGAGAACGUGCACCAGUGAAGAAACACCCUGAUAACCUCAAAAUGGUUGGAGACUUUGAAGGAAAGCCUCGUGAAGAUGCACCAUAUGCUGAGAGAGCUCCUGUUCAGAAACAUCCUGAUAACCUUAGAGUAGAUGGUGAUUUCUAUGCUCCUACUCCUUUAGAGGCUCCAAGAGGUGAAAGAGCUCCAGUAAAGAAACAUCCUGAUAAUCUGAAAAUGGUUGGUGACUUUGAAGGAAAGCCCAGAGAAGAUGCACCAUAUGCUCAGAGAGAGCCUGCAAAGAAACAUCCUGACAACCUUCGAAUGGAUGGUGACUUCUAUGCUCCAACUCCAGGAGAAGCUCCACGUGGCGAACGUGCUCCAGUAAAGAAACAUCCUGAUAACCUCAGAAUGGUAGGAGACUUUGAAGGAAAGCCCAGAGAAGAUGCUCCUUAUGCUGAAAGAGCUCCCGUGCAGAAACAUCCUGACAAUCUCAGAAUGGAUGGAGACUUUUAUGCACCUACUCCAGGUGAGGCACCACGUGGUGAACGAGCACCUGUAAAGAAACAUCCUGAUAACCUCAAAAUGGUAGGAGACUUUGAAGGGAAACCUAGAGAAGAUGCACCAUAUGGUCAACGAGAACCAGUCAAGAAACAUCCUGACAACCUUCGUAUGGAUGGAGAUUUCUAUGCUCCUACUCCUGGAGAAGCUCCACGUGGUGAACGUGCUCCAGUAAAGAAACAUCCUGAUAAUCUCAGAAUGGUUGGAGACUUUGAAGGUAAACCACGUGAAGAUGCACCAUAUGCAGAGAGAGCUCCUGUCCAGAAACAUCCUGAUAAUCUCCGGAUGGAUGGAGACUUCUAUGCUCCUACUCCAGGAGAGGCUCCAAGAGGAGAACGUGCACCAGUGAAGAAACACCCUGAUAACCUCAAAAUGGUUGGUGACUUUGAAGGAAAGCCCAGAGAAGAUGCUCCAUAUGCUCAGAGAGAGCCUGCAAAGAAACAUCCUGACAACCUUCGAAUGGAUGGAGAUUUCUAUGCACCUACUCCUGGAGAAGCUCCACGUGGUGAACGUGCUGCAGUAAAGAAACAUCCUGAUAAUCUCAGAAUGGUAGGAGACUUUGAAGGGAAACCUAGAGAAGAUGCACCAUAUGGUCAACGAGAACCAGUCAAGAAACAUCCUGACAACCUUCGUAUGGAUGGAGAUUUCUAUGCUCCUACUCCUGGAGAAGCUCCACGUGGUGAACGUGCUGCAGUAAAGAAACAUCCUGAUAAUCUCAGAAUGGUAGGAGACUUUGAAGGGAAACCUAGAGAAGAUGCACCAUAUGGUCAACGAGAACCAGUCAAGAAACAUCCUGACAACCUUCGUAUGGAUGGAGAUUUCUAUGCUCCUACUCCUGGAGAAGCUCCACGUGGUGAACGUGCUCCAGUAAAGAAACAUCCUGAUAAUCUCAGAAUGGUAGGAGACUUUGAAGGCAAGCCAAGAGAAGAUGCUCCCUAUGCUGAAAGAGCUCCCGUGCAGAAACAUCCUGAUAAUCUAAGAAUGGAUGGAGAAUUCUAUGCUCCUACUCCAGGAGAAGCUCCACGUGGUGAACGUGCUCCAGUAAAGAAACAUCCUGAUAAUCUCAGAAUGGUUGGUGACUUUGAAGGGAAACCUAGAGAAGAUGCACCAUACAGUCAACGAGAACCAGUCAAGAAACAUCCGGACAACCUUCGUAUGGAUGGAGAUUUCUAUGCUCCUACUCCUGGAGAAGCUCCACGUGGUGAACGUGCUGCAGUGAAGAAACAUCCUGAUAAUCUCAGAAUGGUAGGAGACUUUGAAGGCAAGCCAAGAGAAGAUGCUCCCUAUGCUGAAAGAGCUCCCGUGCAGAAACAUCCUGAUAAUCAAGAAAUGGAUGGAGAAUUCUAUGCUAUCCAGAGAAGCUCCACGUGGUGAACGUGCUCCAGAAAGAAACAUCCUGAUAAUCUCAGAAUGGUAGGAGACUUUGAAGGCAAGCCAGAGAAAUGCUAUGCUGAAAGAGCUUCUGCAGAAACAUCUGAUAAUCUAAGACCUGGAUGGGAGAAAAUUCUAUGCUCCUACUCCAGGAGAAGCUCCACGUUGGCUGACACGUGCUCCAGUAAAAGAAACAUUCUGAUUAAAUCUCAGAAUGGUAGGCAGGACUUUGAAGGCAAGCCAAGAGAAGAUGCUCCCUAUGCUGAAAGAGCUCCCGUGCAGAAACAUCCUGAUAAUCUAAGAAUGGAUGGAGAAUUCUAUGCUCCUACUCCUGGUGAAGCGCCUAGAGGUGAACGUGCUCCAGUUAAGAAACAUCCUGAUAAUUUGAAAAUGGUAGGAGACUUUGAAGGAAAGCCUCGGGAAGAUGCACCAUAUGCUGAGAGAGCACCUGUUCAAAAACAUCCUGACAACCUUCGGAUGGAUGGCGAUUUCUAUGCUCCUGCACCUGGAGAAGCUCCAAGAGGUGAAAGGGCCCCAGUAAAGAAACAUCCUGAUAAUUUGAAAAUGGUAGGAGACUUUGAAGGAAAGCCCCGUGAAGAUGCACCAUAUGCUGAGAGAGCCCCUGUUAAAAAGCAUCCUGAUAAUCUUCGAAUGGAUGGAGAAUUUUAUGCUCCUACUCCUGGUGAGGCUCCUAAAGGUGAACGAGCUUCAGUCAAAAAGCAUCCAGACAAUCUCAAAAUGGAUGGUGAUUUCUAUGCACCAAAACCAGGUGAGGCACCAAGAGGAGAACGAGCUCCUGUUAAGAAGCAUCCAGAUAAUCUAAAAAUGGCUGGAGAAUUUGAAGGGAAACCCAGAGAGGAUGCACCAUAUGCUCAGAGAGCUCCUGUACAGAAACACCCAGACAAUCUAAGAAUGGAUGGAGAAUUCUAUGCUCCUACUCCUGGAGAAGCUCCACGUGGUGAACGUGCUCCAGUAAAGAAACAUCCUGAUAACCUCAGAAUGGUAGGAGACUGAGGAAAGCCCAGAGAAGAUGCUCCCUAGCUGGAAAGAGUCCUUUCAAGAAAACAUCCUGACAACCUUCGUCUAUGGAUGGGAGAUUUCUAUGCCCCAACUCCAGGAGAGGCUCCACGUGGUGAACGUGCUCCAGUAAAGAAACAUCCUGAUAAUCUCAGAAUGGUUGGUGACUUUGAAGGAAAGCCAAGAGAAGAUGCUCCUUAUGCUGAAAGAGCUCCCGUGCAGAAACAUCCUGACAACCUUCGAAUGGAUGGCGACUUCUAUGCUCCUUCUCCUGGUGAAGCUCCAAAAGGAGAAAGAGCACCUAUAAGAAAGCAUGCAGAUAAUCUUCAAAUGACAGGGGAAUUCCAUGGAAAAGAACAAGAAUAUAAAAUUGUACGUGGAGAAAGAGUUGCAGUGGUUAGACGUGAAGACAAUCUACACAUGGAGGGAGAGUUCAUUGGUAAAGAAUAUGAAAGAGUAACAAAAGGUGAAAGAGCAUCCAUUACAAGGCAUGCUGAUAACUUGCGAAUGGAUGGAGACUUUAUUGCCCCAACUCCUGAAGAAGCUCCAAGAGGUGAACGGGCACCAGUUAAAAAGCAUCCUGACAACCUACGUAUGGUGGGUGACUUUGAAGGAAAACCACGUGAAGAUGCUCCAUUUGGAGAAAGAGCUCCAGUGAAGAAACAUCCAGAUAACCUUCAGCUGACUGGUGAUUUUGAAGGUAAACCACGUGAAGGUGCACCACAGGCUGAGAGAGCUCCCGUGCAAAAGCAUCCUGACAACUUGAAAAUGGGUGGUGAUUUCUAUGCUCCUACCCAGAAAGAAGCACCUCAAGGUGAACGUGCGCAAGUGAAAAAGCACCAAGACAAUCUAAAAGUAACUGGUGAAUUUGUUGGCAAAGAAGAAGAGUACAAAGUUGUCAAAGGGGAGAGAGUUGAUAUAGUUCGAAGAGAAGACAACCUGAGAAUGGAAGGGGAAUUUAUUGGUAAGGAACAAGAGCGUAUAACAAAAGGGGAGAGAGCAGUUGUUAAGAAGCACCCUGAUAACUUGCGAAUGGAUGGAGAUUUUUAUGCUCCCCUUUCAGAGGAAGCUCCACUUGGAGAGCGUGCACCUGUCAAAAAACAUCCUGACAACCUGCGCAUGGAUGGUGACUUCUACGCUCCAUCACCUGGAGAGGCUCCUAGAGGAGAACGUGCUCCAGUUAAGAAACAUCCAGAUAAUCUAAAAAUGGAAGGAGACUUUGAGUCUCCUAAACAUAAUGGCAUGCCAGUGGGAGAAAGAGCUCAGAUCAAACGAGUUGAAGAUAAUCUGCAUGUUGAAGGGGAAUGGAUUGGAAAAUCAAGUACCCAUUAUGACUAUCCUGUUGUUUCAGGCGUUCGAAGUGAAGUCUAUCGUCAAGAGGACAACUUAAAGCAAGAAGGAGAAUUUGUUGGUAAGACCCAGACCUCUGAUGAUUACCAGUUGUAUCAAGCAAAGAGAUCAGAUAUAGUCAAGCAGUCUGACAACCUUAAAAUUGAAGGUCAGUAUCACCUGGAAACACUGCAAAGGGAUGAAUAUAAAAUGCACAAAGGAGCCCGUGCAGAGAUCAAGAAAUACAGUGAUAACUUACACAUGGAGGGAGAAUUUAUGGGACGAGUACAGGAUAAGGUGCAUUUGCAAGGAGAGCGAGCAUCAGUAGUACAGCAUCCUGAUCAUCUCCGCACUGAAGGUGAAUUUGAAGGCAGACCUAAAGAAGCUGCUCCUGCUGGGGAGAGAGCCCCUGUGAAAAAACACCCAGAUAAUCUUAAACUAGAGGGCACUUUUGAAGGAAAAGCAGUAGAAAGUGUUUUGAGAGGUGACCGAGCAGCAGUAAAGAAGCAAGAAGACUCCCUCAAAUUAGAAGGAACAUUUGAGGGACGAAAGACAACUGCACAGGUAAGAGGUGAACGGGCUGAAAUUGUAAAACACACUGAUACACUUAAAAUGGAGGGAGAUAUGACAUUCACCAGAGAAGAAGCAGCUGUCAGAGGGGAACGAGCUGAAAUCAGUAGACAUGCCGAUAACCUCAUGAUGGAAGGUGAUCUUGAAGUAACAAAGAAAACAUUUGCCACGAAAGGAGAAAGAGCAGAAAUAAAGAAACAUGAAGAUACUCUUAAAACUACAGGAGAAUUUGAAGGUAGAAAGGUGUCAGCGGUUCAUCGAGGAGAGAGAGCUGAAAUUAAGAGACAAAAGGACAACCUGAAAAUGGAAGGAGACUUGUCCAUUGAAAGAAAGGAAUCUGUAAUAAGGGGUGAGCGUGCUGCUAUUAAAAAACAUGAAGACUCGCUCAAACUUGAGGGAGAUAUGACAUUUGUCAAAGAGGAAACAGUUGGCAGGGGUGAGAGAGCUCAAAUUAAGAAACAUGAAGACUCAUUAAAAAUGGAAGGAAAGUUUGAAGGUAGAAGAAAAUCUUCAGUUACUGGAAGAGGUGAAAGGGCUGAAGUUAAAAGACCAAAAGACAACCUCAAGCAAGAAGGAGACUUCCAGGGAAGCCGUACAACUGCUGUAGCAAAGGGUGAAAGAGCUACAAUAAAAAAGCACAAGGAUAAUCUAAAGUUAGAGGGUGAAUUAGACAUAUCUAAAGAAUCAACAGUUGUAACAAGAGGUGAACGAGCUGAAAUUAAGAAACAUGAGGAAUCCUUGAAAAUGGAGGGCACUUUUGAAGGAAGGAGAAAGAGUGCGGCAACAUUUAAAGGAGAACGUGUUGAAAUCCGAAAGCAUGAAGAUCAUCUAAAAUUAGAGGGUUCACAUGAAGGAUUCCAGAGAACAAGUACUCCAAAUAAGGAUGGUGUAAAGAGAAACGAGACCUUUAAGGUGAAAGGAGAAAGAGCCCAAAUUAAAAAGCACGAAGACAAUCUUAAAAUGGAGGGUGAAUUCUACGGAAGCUCACCGAAUGUUAGUCCAAUAAAAGGAGACAGAGCCGAUGUGAAAAAGCCAAAAGAUAAUUUGUCAGUUAAAGGUAACUUUGAAGGAAGACCAAAGGACCUACCUGGAGUUGGUGAGAGACGUUCACCAUUUAAAUAUGACGAUCAUUUAAAAAUGGAAGGUGAUUUUGAAGGCAAACCCAGAGGUUCACCAGGCAAGGGAGAGCGUCUGCCACAGAAAAGACAUCCAGACAAUCUCAAACUUGAGGGAGAUAUUGAUGGUCCUUCUAAGGACAAACCUGGAACUGGUGAAAGAUUGCCCCAAAAAAGAUAUCCUGAUAACCUGAAAAUGGAAGGCACUUUUGAAGGACGACCCAGAGACAGCCCAGGUGUUGGUUCAAGACAACCUUCUAAGAGAUAUCCUGAUAACCUUCAUCCAGAAGGCGACUUUGAAAGUCGUCCAAGAGGGAGCCCAGGAGCUGGUGAACGUCUUCCGCAAAAACGAUACCCAGACAAUCUUAAAAUGGAAGGAGAGUUUGAGGGACGUCGCAGAUCAGCUCAGGGUAGGGGUAGUAGGGCAUCAACAACAAGACAUGAGGACAAUUUGAAGAUGGAGGGUGAAUUUGCAAGUUCAAGAACUGAAAAGACAACAGUCAAUGGAAGAAUUGAAUCUCAAAAGGUUCAAGGAUUUGCUGUUGAUGGCAGUGUAGAAACAACUUCUAAAGUUAGACGUGAUGCUGUUGUUUCACAGAGAGAUCAACAAGGCUUUUCUGUUGAUGGAAAGAUGGAGACUACUUCAAAAGUUAGACAUGAUGUAGCCGAGUCACAGAAAGUGCAAGGAUUUUCUGUUGGUGGACAAGUAGAUAGUUCUUCAAAGGUUAGACGAGAUACAGUUGUGCUAAGGUCAGCUGCAGACACUGCUAUUACAAAAUCAGAAGAGUCAUCAUCACUUCAGAAGUCUAGCUCAGCAAAAACAGAUUCCAACAACAAAAGGGAUGUACAAACAAUUGAAUCUUACACUGCAGAUGGUCGCAAAAUCACAAGGAUUAUUACCAGAGAAACAAGGGAAAGUAAAUCAGCUUCCCGUGCUGAAUCUCGAGCAACAAGUGUAAAAACAUCUGAACAAAGAAAUAUUUCAUCAGCAGAGGCUAAAUUAGAAUCUUCCAGCACUAGUGAAAGCCAAGUAGCAGCAUCUGCUUCAGUCAGUCGAUCAGCAAAAAUGAAAUCCCCACCACCUGGUGCUAGUCCUGUUACUCCUACUGGGCGUAAGCAUCACCACCAGUCAUCUUUCUCCCUUGGUGAAGAUACGUACACCGCAAUGGAUACCACUAAACAAUCAAGUGCAAUUCACAAGUCAACCUCUGCCAGCCAUAUUAGUUUAGAUUCUAAACUGGAGUCUUCUGCUACUACUAAAGAAAUGGCCUCAUCUCUACGGCAGGCAGAUGCCCUAGAUUUAAGAGGAGGCGCAAAAACAGACACUACGAGAGGUGCUGGACAUUCUUCUCACAUGGCAGGUAGCAGUCAAGAAGAAUACCGAAAAUGGUCAGCCAACCACCAACAUCAAGUUGAACAGCGACAGAUGUCCAGUAGUAGUCGCACAGAACAGCGACAAAUGACCAAAUCCAACAGAGUCGAACAACAGCGUGUAGCCCGAGGUCGCGGAAAUUCAUCUUCCAUUACCUUCCAUUCUGAAUAUGAUCCUUGGAGAGAUGCAACCAUAACCAGACGUGGUGAAUGGCAAAUCGUUACGCCAUGUCCUGCAUCUUUACUCGAGACUCGAUCCUCAAACUACAAAAAAGGCCAUGAGACGAAGGAUCACAAAUUCUAUAUGCCUGUUGUAGAGUAAAAGGAUUUCAUAAAGCAGCUUAUGGCAAGCACCAAAAUCAUUAACUCUGUUCAAUGCCAACUGCAGCUUUUAACUGACUGACUGAGGUGGUUUUGCCAUAAAUCUCAACGAAAGGUUCUUCAUGUGAACCAGCAGUGCUCAUUUUAACCUGUGAUGUUGACUGCCUUAUGACUGAUUCUCCAGUGUUUCUAUAUACUUGUAUCAAAAGGGCUUAAAGCUGUGAUGAUUUCAAUUUUACCAGUAAUAUAGGUCGUAGUCUAAGUGUUUUGUGGAUACAUGAUCUUUUAAUCAUAACAUUUGUAAGCAGCAUCGCAUGCUCACUUUACUUAUUUUUAUAUAAAUAAUGAUUAUGAUUAUGCAAUGAAAACAGAAUGAAGACGUAAGUUAUGAGCUUCAUUUUCUACUAUACUACUAUAGACACUUAAUGAAGGGAUAUAUUUUUUAUUCAGUUUUUAAAUACAUAUAUUAAUAUAGAAGUAGAUAAAGCUAUGUACAUUUGAGCAGUUUUUGGUCUUUUAAACUUUCUGCUCUUGUUUGUUGAGAUAAAGGGACAUCUCUCGACAAAUGACAGCAGAUUGCACUUUUGAAAGAGUCUCUGUCUCCGGCCUCGCUUCGCCUGGCCCAGGACAGACGGCUCGGCCCCGAUGUGUUGUGACCAGCUUACUCAGCCAGUAGCCCAGCCCCAUUUUGGGCUCCCUUGACCUAGAUAAGGAGGGCCUAGGUAUUAGCUUUGUUUAUUCAAGUGGUGCUUGGUUGUGUUAUAGUUUUUAUGAUGAUGAGACAUUGUAUGUUACUUAAAUGUCUACAUUUUUUAUUUUAUUGGAACAUUUUCAGGUUUGUAAGAAAAUGUUUCAUAUUUUCCUAUAUGUUUACAAUAUUUAAGCGAAUAUAAUGUGUAAACUGAAUUUUAGCCUUAUUUUGUUUCAACUGUUGAAUUUUGACAAUCAAGUCAGAGUUGUUAUAUUUUUCAAAGUGCCAUAAAAUUAGCUGGGGAAGGAAGUACAGAAAGAAAACUAUGCGUCACGACAACUGAGUGUUCACAACAGCAAUGGGCGACGGACAAGACCCAAGCUUGAGACUAGGCAAUAAAUUCCAAUUUAUUGACCCUAUGUCUGCAUAAGUGCCCUUGGGGGUUUCAGUCUUCUUUUUUUUCUUCUUCUUCUUCUUCUUUUCUUCCCUUCGAAGGAGUCAUUGCAGAACAACAUGCAUGGCGACACUGUCUUGUACACGCACAGUUUCAUCAUGUGUGGUCUGCCUUGCACCCUUCCAAAAUUGCUUGUUUUUGGCCCCACCCCCAUCCGACAAAAAGAAAAGGUGAAAACAUUCGUAGUUCCUAAAUGACACCGAGCACUUUUUCAGACGUCACAUCCAAACCAAAGCGUAAAUCUAAGCAAAGUGGUUCUUCUAGACAUGAAUACUCCAACAGCACAUCAUAUUUCUUUUUUAGUUGAAUUUCAUGUACAUUCUCAUUUUUCUUAAGCAUAUUUAUCAUUGCCGUUGCACCAAAUUACCUUUGGAAAAAGAUUUCUUCAGAAGCAACCAUUUUCACAGUAGUAUUUGUUAACGAACACUAAUGUAAUUUUGAUAACCUUUGCUUUUUUUCUUGUUUUUGCCUCUCAAAGUCUUGGGUUUCAUUGUGAAUUUUUUGCAUCUGAUUCAAUCGAACCAAAACUUUCCUUGCUGCUUUGUGCACACUGGAGGUUGCUGCUUCUGGGCUUCAAAAUAUAAUUAUCUUGUAAAUAUUUAUGGAAAAUAAAUGUGAUAUUACAGUUAGCUCAACAAUAAAAAGCUUGCUUGUUCA